GCCUGUCGGGAGGAGGGAGGCGUGUCCUUGGGGCCAGCUCCCUGGAGGGGGCUUCCUUCUGUAGAGGGCCCUUCUCACGACACGAGCGGAAAGGAGAUCAUGCUUUUCAACGCAAGUCGGUUCCCAGGCAGAUACGCUUUAGCAGAGAAAACGUGUCCACAGUUAAGGAGCACAAAACUGAUUGUUUUAAAAUGACCCUUGACUCGGUUCCCUUGGAUGGUGGUCGCGUACACAUCCCUGAUUUGAAGAACCCUGCUGUGAAAUACAGGCAGCGAGGACACUGUGUUGGGCACGCGAGAGACUCUGAGUCUCAGCCUCCACUGCUUUAGAGUGGGCGUAAAGGGGCUUCUUCCCUGGCGGUCCAGCCGUUAAGACUCCGCGCUUCCACUGCAGGGGGCACCGUUUGAUCCCCGGUCGGGGAACUGAGACCCCCGCAUGCCAGGCAGCGUGGUAGACAAAACAAAACGGCAUAAAAAAUGUUUUGUGUUACCAGUGCCCAGAAGCUUGGUUUUCAACCCGGCCGGGACGGAUGGCAUAGCUCUCCAACAGACUUAGCUGUGGGUGUGCUUCUUUGAUGAUCAGGUGGUUGGUUCUGCCCCUUGACACCCUGCUUUCGCACUCCACUCCUCCCAUCUGAGAGAUCUGUGACCUUGGAUUUCACUGGAAUUUGCUGUGGAGACAGUCAUAUUUUCUGCAGUUUUACCUCUUCUUUUUUAUUUUAUUUUAUUUUAUUUUUUGCAGUACGCGGGCCUCUCACUGUUGUGGCCUCUCCCGUUGCGGAGCACAGGCUCCGGACGUGCAGGCUUAGCGGCCGUGGCUCACGGGCCCAGCCGCUCCGCGGCAUGUGGGAUCUUCCCGGACCGGGGCACGAACCCGCGUCCCCUGCAUCGGCAGGCGGACUCCCAACCACUGCGCCACCAGGGAAGCCCUAUCACGCACAUUUUUAAUUGUUAGGCCUUCCUGAUGACUAAUUCCAUUUGUCAUUAUCAGAUGCCUUUGUUCAUCUUAGGAAAUGCUCUUUUUCUGGAAGUCUGUUUUGUCUGAGUUACGUGUAUGGUUAGGUUUAGGGUACCAUUUUAUUAUUUGUUUUCCCUUUGUCCCUCUUCUUUGUUCUGCUGUCCCCUUUCUUUUGAGUUAUCGGAAAGGCUUUUAGCAUUCCAUUUCGUCUACUUGUUGGCCUUUGGACAUACCUCUGAGAUACAUUUUAGUGGUUGCUCUGGAGAUUACAAUGCACGUACCUAACCUUUCAUGAUCCACUUAGACUUAAGACUUGUGCCACUUCACAGAAAUGUGGAAACCUUGCAGUCACCUCUGCAUGCAUGGGAAACCCACUGGACAGUGUUAUAAUUUUCCUUCUACAGUCAUACAUCUUUUAAAACUCUUACAAGGAAAAAAUAGUCUCUUUUUUUUUUUUGAAGGAUAGGUACUUUUAUUCAUUUACUUAUUUAUUGGCUGCGUUGGGUCUUCGUUGCUGCACGCGGGCUUUUCUCUAGUUGUGGCGAGUGGGGGCUACUCUUUGUUGUGGUGCGUGGGCUUCUCAUUGCCGUGGCUUCUCUGGUUGUGGAGCACGGGCUCUAGGCGCGCAGGCUUCAGUAGUUGUGGUGCGUGGGCUUAGUAGUUGUGGCACAUGGGCUUAGUUGCUCUGCGGCAUGUGGGAUUGUCCUAGACCAGGGAUUGAACCCGUGUCCCCUGCACUGACAGGUGGAUUCUUAACCACUGCGCCACCAGGAAAGUCCCCCCAAAAUAGUCUUUUAUACUUACCAUCUCUGUUGCUGUCUCCUCAUUCCUAAAGGUUGCGGUUUCCCUGUGGUGUCAUUUUCUUUCUGGGGUACUGCUUGUGGAGACAGUGUCUCCCACCACCCAGCAUGUCUUACUUCACUUCCCUCCCUGAAGGAUAUUUUCACAGGCUGUGUGAUAAUGCUGGGUGGGACUUUUUUUCUUUUAGCACUUUAAAAAUAUCUUUUAAGAGGGCUUAAUGCAGUGUGGGAUCUCGGAACAGAAAAAGGAUAUUCAUGGGGAAACGUGAAAUCCAAAUGCCAUCCUGAGUUUAAUUAAUAAUAACAUAGCAGGGUUGGUUUCUUAGUUUUGACAAGUGUACCCUGGUCAUGUAAGAUGCUAAUAUUAGGGGAAACUGGAUAAGAUGUAUAUGGGAAUAUCACCUUUUCUGUAAAUCUAAAAUCAUUCUGAAAUAAAGGGGUAUUUAGAUACAUUAACAGGAAGAUAACAGGAGGAGGGUGUCCCCAUGGAGGGGCGGCCCAGUGGAAGGGGAGAGCACCUAUGUCAGGAGGUGAAGGUUUGGUUACUGUCGAGGUUGGGUGAGUAAACAUACUGCGGGUAAUGGAGCCGGGACUCUGACAGUCAGAGGAUGGACUUGCAAAGACAGAAGGAGAAAAUUAGAACCUUGUGGUGUUGAAUUGGAAUUGGGAUUAUAGGUGUGAACCCAUGGUUUUCAAAAGAUGCUGCUCUAAAACCGUGGGUGGAUCGGUGUAGCAGUGACUACAGAUGUGAGUGUUGUGUGUGGAUGCGUUUACCUUCGUCUGCUCUGUCCACGGAGAGGACCCACGAGCAGCACCACCCCAGGACCCCUGAGCACCCCCAGCAUACAGGUGGCCUUCUAAAUACCAUUCUCCACUAAAAGAACCAGGGCUCCUUGGAGUAAAGGCUGAUUGCAGGGUCAACCAGGGAAAGUGCCCGGUGAGCGUGGGACAUUUCGUGGCAGGAAGCAGGGAGCGCUCACAGGUUGAGGGGCAUGUGUCAGAAGGACACCAAAGCCAAGGGAUGGGCGGCCACUGCCCAAACCAGAGACAGUUUGAGCAUUGAAGUAAAUGAUAGUAACAGCGUAGCUAACUGAAUAAAAUAGGAAACUGAGCCCGUAAAAAUGAGUAAAUGGACAGUUUAUGAGGAACGGGAUUUGCACAGUCUCAGACCACCUCCCCUGAGGUCCUCGUAACUACACAGGGAGGGAGGGGCGCCCCGACGCAGGGAAGCGGGCAGGGCCCCCCUGCGCUGGAGCUCCGUGUGCAGGGUGAGCAAGGCCCCUGACUCGUGUGAAAUUCCUGCCAAAGGUGCAUUGCCCGCGGCUCGUCACAAAGGGACGUCCGUCAGAGGGAAAACGAGGACACGCUGCAGAACAGCUGGCCUGGGACCUUCCAGGUGUCAGGGGCACGAGAGUCAGGGAGGGGCUGCAGAGACGUGGCAGCAAAACGCAGCUCGUGGUUCUGAGCUGGACCCUUUGCUGUGGGAGCCGCUAUAGGGACUGUUAGCCAAAGCUGGGGGUCUGGGCGUGGCUGGUGGCCCGGUUUCAAAGGCCAUCCCCCCGGUUCCGUAGGGGGUGCCUCUGUCCACAGGGAGCCACACUGCCGUGUCCCGGGGGUUGGGGGUUGGGUGUCAGGUCGGCCGCUCACCCUCAAGUGGUUCACGGACUCUCCUUUGAACUUUUCUAUACCUGAUUGUUUCCGAACAAAAAGCAAAGCUUUUCAGUGCCAUGCAGAGGGAAUAGCUCCCACCAAGGAAGUAUUUCCUUUUCAGAAGGGUCAGGAGGUGUGGAGCAGGAGGUACAGGAGGGGCUUCAAUGGAAAAGGCGAGCCCUGUGUCCUCGCCUGCUGUGUUGCGCACGUGGUGGCUUUAUGAUUUUUUUUAAAAUAAUGCGUGUACAUUUGUAUCCCUUCUGUAUGUGUAGUUCGUACCUAACAAUGGGAGGAAAGCCUCAGUGGUUUCCUUUUAUGUGGCACACGUGUGCCUGUGAAGCGGGGACGUUGGAAGUGGGUGACGUUCAGAACAGUGGACGGGGAGGGGUGUCGUCUCCUGGAGGGCUGGGCCUGAGAUUCCUCGCGUUGACCCUCAGCACCUACAAGAUGUAUAAUUAUCACGAGCUGUUUAAUGAACGAGCAGUGGUGUAAACAGCUCUUAGUUAAUGAAAAGUGGCUCACGCUUACUGAGUUUUCACAUGGGCCAGGUACUGCUGUCGUGCCUUCUGUCCCUCCCAGCCUGGUCCGUCGUCAGAUGAGUGAACUGUCCUAGGUCGCCCUGGGGGAAAGGGACAGAGGUCCUUGUGCAGAGUCUGGCGGCUUACCCACUGCACCCAUAGGAAAUAUCCCACUGUGUUCCAGUUGGACCAUUUUAAACUGUGCAGGAUAACACCAUAGCAUCUGAGUAAAUGGGUGUUUUUAUUUUUAAGAAAUUUGGAUUUGAGGCUGAGAUUUCCUUUUUAAUAUUUUCAUUUAGCAGGUAUUUGCUAUUCUACAGGGAGUAUAUUCCAGAGUUGCAAGAGAUUUAAUGAUGUAAUCCUUUGUACACAGAUCUUUCCCCCAAGUAGCAUAUAGGCUAAGGAGACUUGCUUUCGCUGCGCUGUGCAGCUUGCGGGAUCUCUGUUCCCUGACCAGGGAUCGAACCCGGACCUCCGGCAGUGAAAGCCCAGAGUCCCAACUGCUAGGCCGCCAGGGAACUCCCUCCAAGUAGCAUAUAGGCUAAUAGGGCGUGACUCGGGGUGGAAGGUGGUGAGUGAGGUAAGAAAGUCAUUCAUUGGUUCACUUAUUUGUUUCAGAAACACUCGCCAGCAUUCUCCUGUGCCAGGUGCUCACACUUCUUUAGUUUCGGUUUCGUGUUCAGGUUUAAACCAGAUGUCUUAUUUUGCCAGUUUGCCUUUUGUUAAGGAGCCAUGAUACGUUCGAGGCUUUUCGCAGCGAGAUCCUGGCCGGUGUUGGAGGGCGUGGGGUGCUGGACACCAUUGGCACGAGUGUUUCCCAGGCCCGGGCGGCUCCUUCCCCAGCACGCUUCUCCCAGGCUGCUCUCGGUCAGCUGUGCGGACUGCACCAAGCACCAGGAACCCCCCAGGAAGAAGCUGCUCUCGGAGAAAAAACUGAAAAGGCAUUUUGUGGACCAUCGCCGAGUGCUUGUCCGAGGGGGACGUGGAGGUGACGGGGUGAGCUGCUUCCACAGUGAGCCCCGGAAGGAGUUUGGAGGCCCCGAUGGUGGCGACGGAGGCUACGGCGGCCACGUCAUCCUGAGAGUUGACCGGCAAGUCAAGUCCCUGUCCUCAGUCCUGUCUCAGUACCAGGGCUUUGACGGAGGAGCCGGCGGCAGGAAGAACUGCUUUGGGCGAAGCGGCGCCGUCCUCUACAUCCAGGUCCCCGUGGGCACUUUGGUGAAGGAGGGAAACGAAGUCCUGGCUGACCUCUCGCACCCGGGUGAUGAGUUCAUUGCAGCACUGGGCGGGGCAGGCGGGAAGGGCAACCGCUUUUUCCUGGCCAACAGCAACCGAGCGCCCACGACUUGUACCCCCGGACAGCCGGGUCAGGAGCGGGUCCUCUUCCUGGAGCUCAAAACGGUGGCACACGCUGGGCUGGUCGGAUUCCCCAACGCGGGGAAAUCCUCGCUUCUCCGGGCCAUUUCCAACGCAAGGCCCACUGUGGCCUCCUACCCAUUCACCACCCUGAACCCGCAUGUGGGGGUUGUUCACUGCGAGGACCACCAGCAAAUAGCAGUGGCCGACAUCCCGGGCAUUGUCCGCGGAGCCCACCGGAACCGGGGCCUGGGCUUGGCCUUCCUGAGGCACAUCGAGCGCUGCCCCUUCCUCCUGUUCGUGCUGGACCUCUCGGUGCCAGAGCCGUGGACGCAGCUGGAUGACCUGAAGUACGAGCUAGAACAGUACAGGGAAGGCCUGUCCGAGAGACCCCAUGCCGUCGUGGCGAACAAGGUCGACCUCCCUCAGGCCAGAGCCCAGCUGCCCCGGCUGCAGGCCCGCCUAGGCCGAGAGGCCAUCGCCCUGUCAGCGGCCACUGGGGAGAACCUGGAGGGGCUGCUGCUACGUCUGAAGGAGCUGCACGAUGACCACGUGGCCGCGGAGCUGGAGCGGGGCCUCCAGCCUCUCCGGUGGUAGCGGAGGUGGUAGGCCGGGAGGUGGCAUGGGCAGUGCCCAGGCAGGCUGACUGUGACCGGAGAUGAGGAAGGAGCCCCAAAGAAUCAGAGGCCUUGGUGCAGCGGCCUCCCCACCAGCUCAGGGCUCCCCACCAAUGCGCCCCCCUGCCCUGGGCCUGGGACCUUGGGGCGGUGGACGCUCACGCACCCGCCCGUCUGUUCCCGGUGCUUCCCGCACCCGCCUGCAUGCGACUGACGUGCUACGAUGGGCUCGUCUGUGUUAAUUGGCCCCUGAUUAGCAGGGACCACACUCUGCCUGACGUCGCCAAAUGCUGCCAAGUGCACACGGUGGGUGGGAGCCGGUGUUCCCUGCUGACCCUUGGGUGGCGGCAGCUGUCGCAGAGGUGGGCCCUUGAUUCCACGGCUGUCAACGCGCCCCGUGAGCGCAGUUUGGCGGGGAUGCUCUGCUGCGCGAGGGCCGGAGGAGGGAAAGCAUUUGCAGGUGCAAUCCUCAGAUGCCGCCGUCUGAGGGAAGCAGUGAGGGUGACACCCGCCCUGUUGUCCCAGACGGCGCUGUGCUCUUUGGCAGCCGAGCUUCACGACUGCUCCCAGUAUCCGACCCAGGGACGUGUGGCUUCUGACCCACUUAGUACACGCGAACGGGUUAUUAACUGCGGACUGCAGGUGGGGCAUGGCAGCGCCGUCCCCCAGGGUAGCCAGUGUCUCAGGUUUGUGCUUCUAGGUGUUGAUGGGAGCCGUGCCCGCGCCCCCAGCGUCCCCUGACUGCAGGUGCCCCGUGAGGAUGGCGCAGCUGCUCCUAGCCUGCUCAUCCGGCAAAAUGGCCUGGAACUUUUGUUCCCCCCAAAUAAAGUCUGAUGCAUCUGA